UUUUUUUUUUCAAAAUGACACGUGUUAUACCCAUAUUGCUCCUAGUAGCUCUAUCAGUCCAUGUAGCACAAAGUCAGAAGAUCGUGGCGGGAGCCUUGCAGAAGAUCUUCCCGUAUGCAGCGGCGGCGAAGGUUACAGCGGUGAGGCUCGCCCAAAUUAUUGAAAUAAGUGCAAAAGUUUCAUGGAUUUGUUAGUUUUUAUUAUGUAAAAAAGAAAGAAACCCUUGAAAAGAGUCUUAAAUUCCUUGAAAAUCGUUAAAAAUUAGCGAAAAUUUUGAAUUUUUGUGAAUUCUCGUCAUAUCUGAUGUAAUGUACGCAAUUACGUACCCCUAGCUCCCCCACUAGUGGAAAAAAUAUUUACUCUACGCCAUUAGGAACAGCUGUAUACAGCGUGUCCUCGGUAGUAUAGUGGUGAGUAUCCGCGUCUGUCACAUGCGAGGCCCGGGUUCAAUUCCCGGCCGGGGAGAAUCGUUUUUUGCAUGAAUUCUGAAAAGGUACUAAUUAAAAUUGUUUUAGCUCACUACAAACUUGAAUAAGCAAACAGCAAUUGCCAAAUCGAAGACUGUAGUGAAAAAUUGGGUUCCAGCGAACUGGAAAGCAGCAAACGCAAAGCCGGAUGCCAAAAAUCCCCUCUCUAAGCAAGCCUACGCACAGAACAAAGCCCUAACCUUUAUAGACUACAGAUAUUCCCUUGUGAAAUACGUAAACUACCUGUUCAAGCAGGGAGUUAGCUCCAAGUUCCUGACACAGGCCGAGGCAAAUAAUAUGAAGAAAGUUUUCUGGGCCGCUGAUGUGAAGGCUGCCAACAACUAUACUAUGACGUGCGGACAAUUCAUGAUGGACGCUGCUUCAUUGGUGAAAGACUCAGAUAAAUUGAUGGCUGAAGUACAGAAAAAUACCAACUUGUUCGCCAAGGCCAAUCCUACCGACUUCACUAACCUCCAGUGGAAUCUUUAAUCUUUUUGUUCCGAAUAAAUUUUUUAAUCU